AUGCAGGCAAGGUCCCCCGGCGGCGGCUUCCGCGGGGGAUCCCGCGGGAGGGGCGGCUUCCGCGGGGGUUCUCGCGGCAGGGGCAGAUCGAGCUCGCCCGGUGGCGGCGGGCGCGGCGGGCGCGGGGACAUUAGCGGAGGGAGGGGCGGAGGAAGAGGCGGGGGAAGAGGACUGAGUAGGGGCGGGGGGAGGGGUUUCGGGGGAAGAGGCGGGGGGAGGGGUUUUGGCGGAAGGGGAGGGGGAAGGGGAGACGGAAGAGGCGGCGGAAGGGGCGGCGGAAGAGGAAGGGGGCGAUGGAGCGGCGGAGGGGGAAGGGGAGGAUACGGCGGCCGCGGUGGCGGAUUUGGCGGCGGGAGAGGCGGCGGCUUUGGCGGCGGAAAAAACGGAGGGUUGGACAGCGACGAGGACGAGGCGACGCCGGUAGAUGCGGGCUACGAGGUGGCGGAGGAGCUUCCGGAGGAAGCUUCCACGAAGAACCGGCGGUACGAUGACGUGGACGUGUACGAGUACGAGCUUCCCGCGGACUUCGAGGACGAGGAAAUCGACGAGGACGAGGCUUUUACCGAAGAGGAGAAGAAGAUGGGGAUGGGACGAGGGGCGGGGGGGGAGGGAGAGGAAGAGGAGGAGGAUGAGGAGGAGGAAGAGGGAGGGGGUAUGUUAGAUAGUGAUGAUGAGGAGGAGGAUGAUGAGGAUGAGGAGGAGGAAGAAGAGGAGGAGGAUGAGGAGGAUAGGGAGGAGGGAGAUUGGAGAAAGGGGAAGAUGAAGCUUGCGAAAUUGAGGGGCCAUGGAAAACAGAAAAACGAGGAAGGGGAGAGUGAGGAGGAGGGUGAGGAAGGGGAAGAAGAGGAAGGAGAGGAGGGAGAGGGGGAGAGUGAGGAGGAGGAAGAUGACGACGAGGACGAGGAGAAGCAUCAGCAACUGCUGGCUGACGUGGUGGCGAGGCAGCAAAGCAGGGAAGGUGAGUCAAUAGCAUGCAAGGCAGAAGCAUCAGCAGCUGCUGGCGGUUGUGGUGGCAAGGCAGCAGCAAGGAGCCUUGGGAGCAUGGCAUGGCACUCAAGGAAGGAAUCAGAGUUCAAGGAAUCAGCAGCAGUGGUGGUGGGGUGGCAGAGGGGCUACCCAACUAGGAAGCCCCGGGGUGCAAUAGCAUUGAAAGCAUCAGCAGUGGUGGGGGAGAGCCUACCUGAGUCAGAGUUCAACCUCACAGCAGCCAAGGGCGCAGCGCUGGCAGCAGCAGCAGACGCAGCAGCAGCAGCCGCGGCAGGAGGGGCUGUUGAUUUCCCAACCACUACAGCAGGUUCGGCAGCUGCGUCGGGAGGGUUAUCUGUGGAGGAUUUGCUUCGGCCGCUGGGGCAGGUCGGGGCUGAUCUGUCAGGCUUGGCGAAAGGUUCGGCGGAAGGCUCGGCGGCGGCAGGUUUGGGAGUGGGAGGUUCGGCGCUGGCUGGGCUGAAGAAGCAGAUGAGGCGGAUUGAGGCGAGUGGCGCUCCUGACACUGGCCCUCUGCCCACUGUGGUUCGGGAGAGACUGGAAAGAAAAGCGGCCUACGAGGCCUCCUCCAAGGAAGCCGCCAAGUGGCUUCCCCUGGUGCAGCAGAACCGCCAGGCGCCCUCCCUCAACCUCAUCGACGAGAUGCCGUCGCUGCCCACGCUCAAGUCAACGGACAAGCUGGUCAACAAGUUCAGACCACAGUCGGAGAUGGAGAGGGAGGUGGCUGCUGCGCUGGCGGCUGCAGGGGUGGGGGACGACAGGAAGAUAGCGCAUGGGGAGGCCUUGGCUCUCAACAAGUCAACGGACAGGCUGGUCAAGUGCAGACCACAGUCGGAGAUGGAGAGGGAGGUGGCUGCUGCUCUGGCGGCGGCAGGUGUGGGGGACGACAGGAGAAUCGCGCAUGGGGAGGCACUGGCUCUCAACAAGAUGUCAGUCGAAGAAGCACGGGAGAGAAUGAACCGACUGGCCAAGAUGCGCUCGCUACCACUGCACCAUGCCAGUGCUCUAGAAGAAGCAAGGGAGAGGAUGAACCGACUAGCCAAGAUGCGCUCGCUGCUGCUGCAGCACGAAGCAAAGGCAAAGCGAGUCAAGAAAAUCAAAUCCAAAACCUUUCACAAGAUGGAAAGGAAGGCGGAAGAGAGGAAGAGAAAGAAGGGGAUCGCAGCGGGAGGGGAAGCGGGUGGGGAGGAGGAGUGGGAGGAUAAGGAGGCAGCAAGAGAAGCUGCGAUAAAGCAGGAGUAUUUACGUGCUAAGGAGCGGAUGACCCUUCGGCAUAAGAACACUUCCAAGUGGGCCAAGAGGAUUAUAGAGAGAGGAAUGGCGGCUAAAGCGGCGGUUGGAGGGCAAGGGACAAGAGAGGCUAUAGCAGAGCAGCUAAGAACGCAUGCUAUGCUGACUAGAAAGAUUCAUUCGGCGACGAUUGGGAGAGGGGAGGGGGAGGAUGAGGAUGAGGAGGAGGAGGAUGGGGAGGGGGAGUGGGGAGAGGAGGGGAGUGGGGAGGAGUCUGGGGGGAGUGAGGGGGAGGAGGCGGGAGGGAAAGGAAGGGGAGGGGAGAAGGAGGGAAGGCGGCUAGUAGCGAGUGCUAAAGCAAGAAUACUGAGGGCCCUAGAAGGGAAGGGGGGAGGGGAGGGAGGGGAGGGGGAUGGGGCAACGAAGAGUGGUCUUUUUGCGUUGCCGUUUAUGGCUAAGGCUAUUGAGAGGAGGAGAUUGGAAGCUCAGAAAGAGGCUAUAGAGGCGAUUAAAGACCUAGAGGAGGGGUAUGGUGACGGAGAGGAUGGGGAGGGUGGGAAGGGGAAGGGGGGAGGUGGAGGAGGGGGUGAUGGGUGGGGAGGAGGAGGAUGGGGAGAGGAGGAAGAGGAGGGAGAGAGGGUCGGAGCAGGGAGACGAAUAUUUGGGAAUCUGGGAGAGACAGUAGUAGGAGGGGAGGGGCAGGAGGAGAGAGACGAAUGGGUGGCAGUGAGAGGGGGGGAAGGGGAGGAGGGAGAGGAGGAGGAAGGAGGGGGAGGGGAGGAUGUUGGGGGAGGAGGGCAAGGCAGGGGGGGAAAGAGUGGGGUGAAGAAUGCGGGGAGAGGAGGAGGAGGGGCAGAGGGGAAGGGUGGAAGGUUGUUGCAGGAGGAGAGGGAGGCAGCACGGCAGGUGAAGGCGAUGCUUGGAGCUGGGAAAGGAUUCUCCUUCUCAGGGCCCCUUGCUGGCAUGUUCGUGGCUUCGCCCCUUGCUGGCAUGUUCGUGGCUUCCCCCCUUGCUGGCAUGUUCGUGGCUUCGCCCCUUGCUGGCAUGUUCGUGGCUUCGCCCCUUGCUGGCAUGUUCGUGGCUUCCCCCCGUUUUGAGGCGCCUCAAAACGAUGUUCGCGUUGCUGAUGAGUCUGCUUCAGCCCCUGUUGACGUGUCAGUGCCCCCAUCUAAGGGGGAUAAAAACAGUGAGGCGGGAGCAGGGGAGGGGGAUUUGCAGGCUUUGCUGCGACACACAGGGAGUGGGGGAGAAACGGGGGUGGGUGAAAAUGGGGUGAGGAUGGAGGGGGGGGAGGAGGAAGAGGAGGAUGAGGAAGGGAGAGAGGAGGGGAGGGCAAGCGGGGGUGAGGGGGGAGAGAGGGGGGAAGGGAGAGUCAGGGCGAAGGGAGGAGAGAGGGGAAAGAGGGGUGAUGAUUCUGGUAAUGGUGCUGUGGGUGUUAUGCAGGGUGAUUAUAGCGAGAGUGAGAGGGAGGAUGGGGAGGAGGAUAUAGACGACGGCGUGGCUUAUAACGAGGGGAUGCGUUUGGAGAGCAAAGGGGAUGCUUCUAUGGAGGAUGACGCGUGGGGGGAGGAUGCAGGGGAGAGAUUGGAGAGGGGAGCAGGAGUGGGAAUGGAGGAAGAGGAGGGGGAGGGAGGGGAGAAACGGGUAGGCAAAAAGAGAAAGGGACGGGGCAGCGGAGGAGGAGGAGGAGGAGGAGAGGAAGGGAACAAAGCGAGCGCGUUUGAAAAGGGUCAAGACGAGCUGAUGCGAUUGGCCUUCGCAGGUGAUGACGUGGCAGCGGAAUUCGAGGCGGAGAAAGAACGGGUGGUGGAAAAGGAGGUGGGGAGAGAGGAGGGGCCGGUGACGCUGCCGGGGUGGGGGCAGUGGGAGGAGGUGCAGAGGCGGAAGGGGGCGCCGAAGUGGAUUGAGGAGGAGAGGGAGAAGGCGAAGAGGAGGCGGAUGGAUGCGGUGAAACAGAGGGCGGAUUCGAAGCUGACGCAUGUGAUUGUAUCGGAGAAGGACAAUAAGAAGGUGAGUGAAAGGGGGGGGGGAGAGAGGAUAGGGCUGGACUGGAUAGAGAAGCUGACUCAUGUGAUUGUAUCAGAGAAAGACAAUAAGAAGAUCGAGAAGUUUUUUGUGCCCGAGCUGCCCAACAUGUUCCGCAACCGGGCGGAGUACGCACGCAGCAUCCGCAACCCCAUUGGGCGGGACUUCAACACAGAAGCAGCGUUCCGCUCCAUGACCCGCCCAGCGGUCAUGAAGCCAGUGGGGGUGGUCAUUCGACCUGUCCGAUACUCACCCGCCCAUUCUGCCGUCCCGUCGUCCUCCCGUUCCGUCGCGAUCGUCGUCGCCCUUCCGUGGCUCUCCCGUUGCCUUCCCAUCGCCCAUCCCAUCGCCCAUCCCAUCGCCCAUCCCGUCGCCCAUACCGUCGCCCAUCCCGUCGCCCAUCCCGUCGCGCAUCCCGUCGCCCAUCCCGUCCCUCCCCUCGUCGCCCACGCCAACGCCCCAAAACUCCCUCCCGUCGCCCUUCCUCUCUCCCAUCCCGUCGCUCCCCUCGUCGCCCUCUCACACGCCCCGAAACUCCCUCCCGUCGCCCUUCCUCUCUCCCAUCCCGUCGCUCCCCUCGUCGCCCUCGCCAACGCCCCGAAACUCCCUCCCGUCGCCCUUCCUCUCUCCCAUCCCGUCCCUCCCCUCGUCGCCCUCGCCAACGCCCCGAAACUCCCUCCCGUCACCCUUCCUCUCUCCCAUCCCGUCGCUCCCCUCGUCGCCCUCGCCAACGCCCCAAAACUCCCUCCCGUCGCCCUUCCUCUCUCCCAUCCAGUCCCUCCCCUCGUCGCCCUCGCCAACGCCCCGAAACUCCCUCCCGUCGCCCUUCCUCUCUCCCAUCCCGUCGCUCCCCUCGUCGCCCUCGCACACGCCCCGAAACUCCCCAUUGUCGCCCUUCCUCUCUCCUAUCCCAUCACUCCCUCCCGUCGCCUUUACAUCUCUCCCCUCCCAUCUCCCGCAUCGCGGAUGAAUUGGACGCUGCUCACUGUUUGGAAGAAUGAGAGUUGGAUGUCGCAAACUUGCAACAUUCUUGUGUGCAACUCCAAGUGA